GUGCUCGGGCCCUAAAUAUAAUCCGAGCAAUUUCAAUAGGGACCUCGCACAGUCGUGCUCGGGCCCUAAUUACACUGAGCUGUCUCUUUCCAGCUCUUGUCUCUGCAGGCAGAGGAGGUGCAGAAGGAGAGCCAGGUGGAGGAGUAUGAGAGGGAACUUGCCAGAGCCAGGUGGAGACUGAGGAAGCUCAGAGAGGAGGUUAAGCAGGCCAAGAGGAAGGUGGAGGAGGCUGGAGACAGGAACACUCCUCUGCAAGACUCCAUCAGACAGUCCUAUGAAGAGAUCCUGCAGGAAGAACACACUCUGUGUUCUCUGUCAGGAAGUGCAGUCACUCCAGAAAGCCAGCUGGAGGAGUCAACAUCUCCAGCAGACACCACUGAAGAUGAUCCACUUCCUAUGAGGCCAUGGGGAAGGAGCCAAUCACUGCCUGCCUAUGCUGACCUGAUAAUGAGGGCAAGUGGCUCGUCUUUCUGCAAUAACCUAGCAGAUACCAGAGAAGAAGCAGACGACAGCGGGACCAGCUCGCCAAAGAUGGACAGAUCUGACAUAGAGGAUGACCCAGAGGAGGGGGAGAUCAACAAUAAAGGGGAAAAAGAGAGAGAUAUGGAAGAAUCCACUUUAAACCCAAACCCUCUCAGCCAACUGGACUUCUACCAAGCCGACCCCUUCACCCACUGUCAGAAUAACCUCUUCGACGAAGACCUGUUCCCUAAAACUGACUCAUCUGAUGGAUUCACUUCAGACCCUUUCAAAGGCAGUGACCCCUUUGCAGCAGAUAUUUUGUUCCCAGAGGUGAAUGUCUGCACCGCUGAGGGGUCAGGAAAUGUUGUUGAUGAGGCUGACACCAGUCUGUCCUGUGCUGAAAACAAAGCCUCAACAGGAACUCAGUGCUUUGAGUCUGAAUUCCCUGAUGAAGACAGUGACAUAGAGAUCAGCUACAGUCGAGAGGACCUGGAUGCCAUCGCUUUGAUCGAUGAUUCUUGUGGGUUUAAACCCAUUCAGAGCUCAUCAGAGGAGCUGGGGCCAGAACCCAUCCAAGGCUGGAAGUCCCAGAAUCAGUAUUCUGUAGAAUCAGAUCCUAAUGGGUAUGAGCUGGACCUUGGCACUGUCUCUCCUCCUUCUGACAUUGAAGAACACAGUCUGGGAUCUCUAGCUGGAGAAGCUAAUGCUGAGGCAAUAGAAGAACUGGAACAAGGUCUGAUUUCUGGUUCCGCUCAGGCUGUCCCUGAGCUCGGCCAACAACUCCUGUCAGAACCAGAUUGGACAGGUGCUAUAGAGGAAACCCUGUCAUGUGAUGUUACUUCCAGUCAGGGGGCUGAUUGGGUUAGCAACAUUGAAGACAAACCCCAUAAUCCUGUAACUCCCCAAAACUCACUAGGCUCCCAGAGCAUCUUCAUCCAGCCCGAGUCAGAUCAGAACAGAGAACUGAGCUUUGAGUUUAGCUAUGAACCAACAAGUCAGUCUUCCUUUGACCCAUACGGGUUUAAACUUAGUCCAGAACAUUCUAGUCACACCCUCUUAGACCCUGAUGAGGCAGAACUGAGUCCAGAACCCACUGAAAAUGAUCUGAUCUUCGACUCAGUGCCCCCCUCUUCUCAACCAGACCAAUUGAAAUUUGAUCCAUAUGGGUUUGACAUCACUUCCUCCCAGAUGGUACAGGACUCUGACCCUUAUGGCUUUAAUCUCAGCCCUGAGGAAGAGAACCAAGAGAUACUGGACAUCUGUGGCCAUCAUAACCAGGAGGCAAUGGACCUUUGCACCUGUGACAACAAUGAGCAAGUAGAACACUCUAAAUAUAGCAAUCAGGAAGUACUGGAACCUCAUAACCAUGACAACCAAGAAGUGCUUGAACAUUGUAGCCAUAAUAACCAGAAACUGCUAUAUUUGUUUAACAAUGGAAACCAAGAAGUGUUGGAACCUUCUAGCCUUGACAACAGUCAGAUAGUUAGCAACGAAAACCAGGAACUUCUGGAUUUCUGUAGUGAUGAUAACCAGGAGGUGGUCGAACCCUAUCACAAUAUCACCAUUGAGGAACUACUUGAACCUUGUAACUAUGGUAACCAAGAAGUGCUGGAACCUUGUAGCCAUGGCAGUCGGGAACUGCUGGAUUUCUCCUGUCCUGAAAAUCAAGAAGUACUGGAUUUAGAUAGCCAUGUAAACCAAGAACUACUAGAUUUUGGUAGCAAAGAAAAUCAGGAAGUGCCAGUUUCAGGUAGCCACGGCAACCAGGAACUCCUGGAUCUUGGUAGCAAUGAAAAUCAGGAAUUGCUAGACGUAGGUAGCCAUGACAACCAGGAGGUGCUGGACUUGGUUAGUAAGGAAGUUUUCCCUGAAGCUAACAAUAACCAAUGUAUUGUGGAACCAGAGCUCAAUGUCAGUCUCACUAAUAACAGCUCAGACAGUGAUGUGGCAUCAGAAGACCUGCUGGGACUCGAGCUCAGUAACACCAGUAUCUGCACUCCCAACAAAACCAGUACCAGCACCAGUACUGCUGACACUGUCAACAUUGCUGUCAGCAACAUGUCUAACCAGGACUUCGGUACAUCCAAUUCUCCCACCAGUCACAACUUAUUAGAAGGGGAUCUGGGUUCAGUGUUUGGGGCCGGAGGAUACAUCAGCUGUCCUGAUGUAGCUGACGACCUAGAGCCUCUGGAUAGAAGGCAGGCAAAUCCAGUAGCAGAGGCAGUACGACCGGUCAGACCAGUUAGGCCUCCUCGGCCCUCACUCAGGGCCAAGGAGAAGGCUCAGUCCCAGACUCAGGACAUUGACCUGAAGUGAUCUCUCACCGACCAACACUCAUGUGGGGGUUAUAAUGUCAGCAGGGUUCCCAUAACAACAUGGCAACACGAGAUGAAGAGGAUGCGGAAUGGACAGGUGAAUGAAGACCAAGGGGGUUGGACUGAAGGAGUGAUGACAAAAAAGAUAGGAGGGAGAUAUCAUUCUGCUGUUAUUUAUGGAAAUAAUUCUAGUUUCAGAUGUUUUUAAGUUUGCAGGUAUCAAAGGAAAAAAAGUAUGUCAGAAUAGAAAGAUGAGAAGUAGGCAAGAUGUAAAAACUACCAAGGCUGGCUGUCUCCACAAGAGACUGAUUACCAUUAAAGGUGGGGUAAGCGAUUCUGGAGAAAUCCAACACCAGGACAAAUACCAUGAUAGAGAGCGAACAAUGACACAGCAAGUAAGGUAAUUAAGAUUAAGCAAACUGUUGUAGCAAACUGUUGCUACACUUGCUGCUGCAAAGCUAACAUGACGCUAACAUGAAGCUAACAUGCAGACAGGACGAGACGGUCCCAGAGCAGCACAGCAACACCAGACAGCGAUAAUCACAACUCUGCUGCUGCUAUAGCUAACAUCACAACAGCGUGUCUUGGUGAACUAGAAAGAAAAACUGAAUGUCUGUGGGCAAGUUAUUUAACAUUAAUGACACACAUCAUGGCUGGAACGGCUGUUGUGUCCUUGUUUGCUUCCCAUUUACAGAGCCAGGGCUGAGUACAAACACCGCACACAGAAUGGACAGCUAGUGGACCAUGUGGAGAUACUGACUGAAUUUGACAAAAAGACGUGGAUUACAUUAGAAUCAUUUACCCCACCUUUAAGGAAAACUGAUUGGCUUAUGGCUUCAGUCUAUUUCGAGCGAUUUAUAAAAGUUGGAAACAACUAUAUUAAAAUAUUAACAUUCUUUCAGGGUGGUCUUACAUAAAAAAUAAUUUAUUCCAUAGUGUUUUUAUCCCAGGUGAUGCUUGUUAGUCAACCAUGAGGUUGAUAUUAUCUGUUAACUGUUCACAAUAUUAGCUACCAACACACUCCUUUGUCCUCUCAGUUAAGCUUUCCAUUGUUUUUGACAAGUUUUGACAGGGCUAAUUGGCCCACUGUUACUCCUAAAGUCCACUGAAUCCACUGAGUUAUGUGGCCAUUAUUGUCAAUGCUUGUGAGUCCACUAGACGCAGCAGCAGCGUGUCCCAGAAGCGGCUCUCCACUCUGCUCCACAGAGAUGGGUAGCAGCUCUAUUUUUGACUGAUGACGUGUCAAGCAGCACAGAGCAGAUCAAACCAAGCAGGAAGUCAGACACAUAGAGAAUCCGGUCAAUUUUCAACAUAAAACAACAAUAACCACAGUUAAAACAGACACAAAAAGAAAUCAUUUAAUUAUGUAGCCUAUUUAAUCAUAGUUGAAACACAAAAAGCAAACAGUGGUUACCAAAUCAUCAAAAUCUAAACAUGCCAGCAAAAUCAGGCAGGCAAAAUGCUCUGAAUCUCAGAAAUGCUCCUUAUGGGAUAUACAGUGUGAAGUUGACGAAGCGAAAC